CGGGUCUCUUAUCUAUUACUACAUUCAAGUUACUCAUUUAUAACAUAUCCUUAAGUCCACAGUUUUGACUUGUUACCCUUUAAUGUUUCCCGCCGACAACACGGCAGGUUUCAUUAUAUUACUUGGUCACUGACCGUAAACUUGAAUCUGCAAGCCAACACGUCUAGGAGCUCCCAUCAUUCUCUCCCAUUAACAGGAAUGUCAGAUCUUUCCCUGCUUGAUUCAGUCAACUGUAGUUCUCGCUACAAUGCCACCUCUAGCGGAAGAAGUGAUAAUGGUUCAACCCUUGCUCUAGCUGACGUUGACAGACCGAUCGUGGAGAAGAGGCUUCUCUGUAAGUUGGACCUUCGAGUAGCCUUCCUGGUUCUGGUUUUCAUCAUGAACAUUAUGGACCGCACUAAUAUAGCUGCAGCGAGGCUGCAUGGUUUCGAGGAGGACCUUGGUAUGACGGGGAACCAGUUUAAUACAACUACCAGCAUCCUUUAUGUAGGUUAUUUGUUGACGCAAGUUCCUUCCAACAUGAUCCUACACCGCAUGAAAUGGCCAUCAUUAUACCUCUCGAGCUGUAUGGCAGUAUGGGCUGCUAUGACCAUGUGCAUGAGCGCGGUACAAACAUAUUAUGACGCUCUUAUCUUGCGCUUCUUUAGUGGAUGUGUGGAGGCAACAUUCUUUCCCGGAGCUGUAUUCCUUCUUUCACGAUGGUACAAGCGCAAUGAACUAGGGUUACGCAUAACAAUUCUUUUUUGCGGCACCUCCGUCAGUUAUGCUUUUAGUGCUCUUAUUGCGUCGGGAAUUUCAGCAAGCCUAGACGGUGCACUAGGUAUUACGGCUUGGAGGUGGCUCUUCUUUGUGGAGGGUGCCCUAACCUUCGCCGUGGCAGUGUCUGCAAUCUGGAUUUUACCCAAUUUUCCUUCAACGCCGAGCGUCUGGCUUCUGCCUGCUGAAUAGGUGCUGGCCAAGCAACGAAUGGAGGAAGAAGUUGUGGCUAGAAUUGAGCACGAAGACAAACCCGAAGAGAAUUUCUCUGGUCUUACUGAGGCUCUUAUGGAUUAGAGGGUAUGGUGGCUUGGUGUUGCUCUUAAUUUGUUGGUUUCCACGACCUCAUUCGCCACUUUCUUUCCAACGCUAUCCGCUACAAUGGGUUACAGCGCGACUACUAGCCUCUUUCUCUGCGCACCUCCGUGGAUUUUGGGCACUGCAACCUCGUUUGUUGUGGCCAGGUCAAUAUAUACUUCACACAGGUCUUAUAGGUGAAUUAACAAUACUG